UCCAUCUAAUAAAAACAGAUAAAAAUGAAAUCUAUCAUCCUUUUGCUUGUAGCGUUUGCUGCCAUCUGUUAUGCCAAAUGUGAUUGUGAUGCGGCGGACAAUAGCUGUAUUAGUAAAUGUGUCGUGGAAGCAAAUAGUUGUGUUACUUCGUGUAAAGGUAAUAUCGAGUGUUACGAAAGCUGCAUAGAUGACAAGUGGCCAUCCGCAGACGCUGCUAAAGCAAUACCAAAGGCUACUUUUAAGGAAGUUUUAGCUGCGACCAGCGCUGCCACGACAACCAAUUUAGCCUCAGCUACAUCAUCUGCAAUGAUAACAUCAUCCACAGGAUCAAUGACAGCAAGACCAUCAGCCACUUCUACUAGUCAGGUUUCACUGGGCUCAACAUUGAAAAUGCCUGCCACGGUUCCAAUACUCUUAUUUUUCAUGAUGUUGGUCUUGGUUUAAAAUUCAUACAAAUUGCCUAUUAAAGUAAAAAUGUCUCAUUCAAUUGUAUACUUUCACGUGCAAACCCUUUUUAUUUGAAUAUCGGCUAGAAUCCGAUCCCAUUGGUAUAAAACGAUGAGGUUUUUUUGUUUAUGUUUAGAAUUGCUUUAAAAUACUUAUGUUUACGCUGGGAAGCCCUUAUUGAGC